AUGAUUGUGACACCACCACGUUAUUUUGGAGAUGGAGACUGUGGGUAUUGUAAGGAUUCAAAGAAACAAGAUCACUAUGCAUUGGAAUCACAAAUGGGAUCCAACUUGCCCCGGCAAUCAGUCACAAUUGGUUCGUCAAUUUGGCAAAUGUCGUGCAAAGAAUACGACGAAUUGAUAAACACCGGGUUCAGGAGGUCAGGAACAUUUUUGUACAAAACCGACUUGCUAAGAAGCUGUUGCAGGUUAUACACAAUCAGAACAAAACUCGAAAUGUGUAAAUUGACGAAAGAGCACAGAAAGGUGGUCAAUCGAUUCAUUAAAGAGAUAUGUCCCGAAUUGCCCCAGCCCAAGAAAAACACUUUUGACUUGAACAGAUUAUAUGAGGCACAACUUCAAUCAAAACGAUUCAAAACUAGGUUUGAGCCAUCAAAAUUUUCUAAAGAAAAGUUUGAAUUGUAUAAAAAAUAUCAAGUGUCGGUGCAUAACGAUGACCCAGACGAUGUGACUGAAUCUUCAUUCAAAAGGUUUCUAUGCGACACGCCGUUCCCUGACGACGAAGUUGAUGGAGACAAGGACCAAUUUGAAGGACUUGAACUCAAAAAUUGGGGAGAAUCAACAAAACCACGAAUUGGUCCUACCCACGAACUAUAUUUCUUGGAUGGGAAAUUAAUUGCCAUCUCCAUUCUUGACUUCCUACCAUCGGGCGUUUCUUCCAUAUAUUUUAUUUGGGACCCCGGCUAUGCACAUUUGAGUUUGGGCACUUUAUCUGGACUAAAAGAGAUGCAAAUGUGUGACAAGCUAAAUUACUCGUGGUACUAUUUGGGAUACUAUAUUGAGGAUUGCGUCAAAAUGAAGUAUAAACUGAAAUUUGGUGGUGAAUUAUUGGAUUUGUGCAAUGAAGUAUAUUUCCCAUUAGAGAUUGUUGAUCCGUAUAUAAAGAACGGUAGACUAUUUGUCAUUGGUGAAAAGGACGACGAGUACGAUUCAGAGCUUGAGAUUGAGAGUUUAGGAGCUCCGUUAGACUAUAAAGAUAGUGAUUUUUAUGAGAAAAAGCUAGUCAACAUUGCUGAGGACAUUUACGGGGACGAAAAGGUCGAGGCAGAUGCUAAAAAGGCCAAGCAAAUCUUAAAAGUCAAAUAUCAAAUUGAUCUGAAAGACUCUCAAAAAAGAUUGCCCAAUGUCGUACCGGGAAUGAUUCCUCUUUGGCAAAUUCUCGAAUGGUUUGAUAUGGGUACAAUUGAUGAAGAAUUCGUUGUUGAAAUAUUUAUGGGCGAAAAAAUGUUUGAAUAUUCUCUUGACGAACUUAAUGGUGAAGGGAGAGCAAUCGUGGUUGACUGUAUCAGAGCUUUUGGGCUAGAAAAAGUACAGGAUAUGGUGAUUACGUUGUGA